UAGAGAGAGAGAGGGGUGUGUGUGUGUGUGUGCGUGUGUUCUCAGUUUCUCUUGCUCAACAUACUACAAUCAACAACUUUUGACAGCUCCAGAAAAAGAAGAUGAGAUGCAGUCUUUUUUUCCAGUUGUUCGUCUGUUUUUCUCACCUAAGGGGAACGCUGAUGUGCCUGAAUAUGACAGAUGGUCAUAAUUACAGGUUGGAGUGUUUGAGCGAUUAUCUCUACACCAUCAGGUGUGAGUUGAACAUGACCUCUGAGCCAGGACCCCGUGAUGCCCUCUGCUGGCUGGAAUUCCAUUAUGAAUCGGAGACAUUCGAGUGUGCGUUCACGUCCCAGACAUACUCAUGGCUGUGCGUGCUGAACCUGUAUACACGGGUUGAACACACGUUCAUGGACACGGACAUCUUCCAGAUCUCGCUUAACUACAGUUUCCAUGGCAACAAUGGAUCAACAGUGCUGAAGAAAGACUACAUGCCAGUAAAGAACAUUCAGCCUGUCCCACCAUCGAAGCUGAUGUUGCUAUGGAAACCAGAUGAGGCUGUUUUCCACUGGCUCAGCGGCUAUAAUGAAAACGUGAUGCUCGUCCCGUUCCUCCAGUACCAACUCAGCAUACACAGAACGAACAAGGUGUUGGACGUCCACUCCUUUCAAACCAAUGUGUCGGUGCCGAUGUCCACAUUUGAGCCUGACACUAACUACACAGCACACUUGCGCUCAGCGCCUUAUGGGACAUCUUACAAGGGCGUUUGGAGUCACUGGGGUCCCGCCAUUUACUGGAGAACUAGACGCACUAAAAAAGUAAAACUUGAUACAGCAGCUACGGGCCCAGAAGCAGACCCUCUGGAUAUGUCUUACGCUAGAGUCUGGCUGGCUCUGUUCUUACUGCCGCUGAUAUUGUUCUGCUACUUUUCAUACACCAGGUGGAAAAGGUAUGUACUGAACCCAGGUCCUGCUCCUCAUAUUGGAGAUUUCAAAUGUUUGGGGAUGCUGCCAGAGAAUGUGGGUGAACUGUUACAAAAGGAGGAGUCUCUACAGAUUGACCACUUGACUGAAGAACCGAAUCCCACCCAGUAUAAAAACAUGAGUAACGUUAAUGACAGCUCAGGCCACACCCACAUCACUGGCUCACCCAGAUCUCCAAGCACUCCUCAGUUUUCUGUGGAUUCAAAGGUCAGCAUGAGUAGCUGGAUGCAGGUUUUGAUGUCAGCAGAGAACGGGAGUGUGACGUACAGCGAUGACUACUGCACGCUCUCGCACGCCCUUAGUGAACAUGCUGUUAACACACACAAGCACUAAACAGGACAACACGUGUAUUCUGAACAACCGCAUACAAGCUGGGAAUGUUCACAGGUAUCACACCCACACCUUAAUGAUGACACGUCUUUAUACAGCAGUUAAUAGUUGCUUGACUGAAGGAGGACAUUUUGGACUUUGAAAUGAAAGCAUUUUUCUGGAAAGCAUCGUAUUAUUGUAAUAAUCGUCAUCAGCAGCAGCGUUUCAUUUGAUUGCAUUUCUAUCAGAACUUCUGCUCACAGAAAGGUAGCAAAGCUCAGCUCACUGUUGUGAUACUCCCUCAGUAACUCAGCCUCAGAUUUUGCUCCCACAAUCCAAUGAAUGUAUCAAAUCUUUUGUGCACUUUUCUGGCCACAAGCUUCAGAAUCUUGAAAGUGGGUUAUUUCCAGCAAGAAAGGAAAGUGAGCUUCUUGGAAACCCAUAUUUGAAAGAUAUUCCAGAUGCCAUCCACCCCAAAGGAAUUUUGAACAAUCCCACCCACUCCCAAGAAAUCCCUGCCUGCACAAUCGGGCCUGCUCCAAAAGGAAUUUUCGACCAAUCCAGCUCGCUCUCAAAGAAAUUCGGAACUAUCCCACUCACUCCUGAAGCAAUUCAGAAUAAUCCAGUCCAUUCCCAAAGUAAUUCUCACCAACCCCGCCCACCCCAGAAGGAAUUAUGCUUGCUCUCAAACAAGUUCUGAACAAUCCCACCCACUCCUGAAGGAACUGUGAAAGGAAUUCUGGACAAUCCCAUCCACUCCCGAAGAAAUUCUGACCAAUCCUGCCUGUUCCUACAUGUAUAUGUCUGCAAUAUCGUCUAAUGUGCUUAGUCAUUUAAACGACACCCAUGAUGACCAGAAUAUAGCAUAUACCAUGGAUGAAUGGAUGUGGUAAAGACGAAAUCCGCUGUAUCCAAUACGUUCCUAUGUUAAUGAACCUGGCCUGACUGUCCUAAGAGAUUCAUAUCUAAACUAAUUUAUUUCCCAGACAUUCAUUAGACAUUAAACAAAGCAGUAACUAGAAAGGGACAAAAAGUAUUCAUGUGCAUUUCUUUAAUACAUCACAUUUGUAAUUGUUGGCAAAUCGCUUUACUCCUUGCAUAUUUGUCAUAUCGUUUUGGAAGUUGAAGUCGUAGGUUUAAGAAGAACUUUCUCGUGUUGGCUGGUUCUGUAUAUCAUAUACUGCUGCACUCACGUCACGUCUGAGAAUUUGGGAGGACAUAAAAUCUUCAUUAUUUAGAACAAUUUAUGCAAGUUAAUUGCUAAGUAAAUAAGUUUAUUAAAUACCAUGUAUCAGUAUAUCUAUCUUUUGUCUAACUCCUAUUAUCAAGUCUCACCAAAAAUAAAGGUCUUUAUACACUUCAUUGUGUAUUAUGUUUAAUAAAAUAAAAUCACAGAA